AUGGCAUCUACCACACUGACAUUAACUCCAGCUCUCAAAAUCAACGGCGUCGUUCCACGAUUCGGCUCCAAGUUUCACUUCUAUGGCGGCAUCCCAACUGAUUAUACGAAUCCAAUCCUUUCAUGUUCGUCUUCAAUCAAACAUCGUAAUAACCGAUUGAAACCAGUUUGCUCUGCCGGUUUGAACCGUUCAUCCGGGUUGAGUUCACACACUUUUGACGUAGUCAUUAUCGGAGCGGGUAUAAUCGGGUUGACCAUCGCCCGCCAAUUCCUCCUCGGAUCGAAUCUUUCCGUUGCCAUCGUCGAUGCCGCCGCACCUUGCGCUGGCGCCACCGGUGCAGGACAGGGUUACAUAUGGAAGGUUCACAGAGACCCGGGGACUGAAAAAUGGGAGCUGGUAAUGAGAAGCCAUCAACUAUGGGAGGCGCUGGCAGAGAGCAUCCAUAAUCAAGGCUUGGAUCCUGUGCAAACACUAGGAUGGAAAAAGACAGGAAGCAUGUUAGUUGGUAGAACUGCAAAUGAAUGUUCCGCGUUGAAAAGUAGGGUGGAGCAACUAUUAGAGGCUGGCUUGGAGGCAAGUUUCUUGUCUCAUGAUGAUUUGCAGUCAGAAGAACCUGCUCUUAUGCUUGGAAGUGAAGGUGGUGCGGCAUUUGUACCUGAUGAUUACCAAAUAGAUGCUCGACGCACUGUUGCCUUUAUCGAGAAGGGUAAUAGGUAUUUUGCAGCAGAAGGAAGAUAUGCUGAGUUCUAUUAUGAGCAAGCAACCAGUUUAUUAAGAUCAGAGUGCAGUGGGGAGGUUGUGGCAGUUCAGACUUCCAAGAACACCUUGUACAGUAAGAAAGCAAUUAUUGUUGCCGCAGGUUGUUGGAGUGGUUCCAUGUUGCAUGACCUGAUCAGCAAUUCAGAAAUUGAAUUAGAUUUCCCGGUAAAGCCUCGAAAGGGACAUCUGCUUGUUAUUGAGAAUUUCAAGUCUUUAAAUCUUAACCACGGCCUUAUGGAGUUGGGAUAUGUCAAUCAUAAAUCUGCAACCCUGAGCUCUAGUACUUCUGAUUCAGGGUCAGCAUAUGAUGCACACACUUCAUCUGUUUCAAUGACAGCCACCAUGGACAUGUCAGGAAGGCUGGUUCUUGGUAGCAGCCGCCAGCUUGUUGGAUUCAACACAGAGAUAGAUGAAUCUGUCAUCACUCAGAUAUGGGAAAGGGCUGGGGAGUUCUUUCCUAUAUUAAAACAAGUAUCUCUUAAAGAGUUGAACAAAAGCAGAGAAGUGAGAGUUGGGCUGAGACCAUACAUGCCUGAUGGAAAACCAGUGAUUGACCACGUGCCUAGAAUAUCAAACAUGUUCGUUGCUGCUGGACAUGAAGGAGAAGGACUCACAUUGGCUUUGGGAACUGCUGAAAUGAUUGCUAACAUUGUUUUGAGCAAUCCUCAAAAGGUUGAUCCAGCACCAUAUUCCAUGAAUACGAUUAUUGCGGUUUGA